AUGAAGGGAGGCGCGGUCAUACCUCCGUCAAACAAGGGCCGCAACAGCGCGGACUUUGUUUCCCAAAGCCUGCAUAGCGAGGCCGUGCUGAACAGGAGGAAGUUGCUGAGGGGGGAGUCGCCCACGCGGCGAAGCUCCUUCACCAGCGACGAUGGCGAGCUCUGGACGGAGGUGUAUUGCGGCGAGGCCAAAGAGCAGGUUGGGCACCUGCUUGGCAACGAGCAAGGAGCACUUGCCGCGGUCUCAAGGCCCGCUCUACGGGAGCAUCGGCACAUUCUGCCCUGCGCACGAAGCCAUGUAAGAGUCGGCUGGCUCGAUGACGGCUGUCAUGAAGCAGCGGGGCCCAUUCCGGAGUCCGGGAGAUUGAGCCUCCUCCAUCCCCUGUUGGGGCGAAUGGCAUCGUACAGAGUGGAUGGCGCUCUGGGGAAACUGGAUCCGCAAACGAUUAAAUUCCUGCAAGUUCCAGAGGAGGAAACGGAUGAAAGUGUCGCGGCAGAGGAAACAAGUCAGUGGAAACGGAGGAGGCGACAGAUUUGGCAGCUCAUGACGGACGCCAAAUCGAGUCGGGCUGCAACUGUGGUCUCCUUACUGUUGAUCUUCACAAUACUGGUGUCGUCAGUCACAAUGUGCGUGACCACUGUGGCGUCGUUUAGCUCGCACAGCAAUGCGGCGUACUACAUUGAAACGGCAUGCAUUGCCGUGUUCACACUGGAGUACGUACUGAAGCUGGUGUCCACGCCUAACUUGAUGGAGUUCCUGAAAGGUCCCCUGAACAUUGUGGACCUCCUGGCCAUCGUUCCCUGGUAUCUCGAUUUGGUCUUUGCUACAUUCCACCUGGGCGAGAACCUUCCGAUAUUGAGGGUCAUUCGCCUGGUCCGAAUAUUCAAGGUUGGGGAGCGGUACAGAAAGAUCAACAUCGUCACCAAUGUGAUGAAGGAUUCGUUGGACAUGCUCAUGGUCCUCCUGUUCAUACUGUUCAUCGCGGUCAUCAUGUCGUCGACUGUUAUGUACUACGUCGAGCGUGGACACUACAAUGAGGAGCUGGGAUACUUUGUGAGAUCUCGCGAGCCUCAUGUAGGGAGGCGCGACUACGACACACCCCGGGAGACGCCCUUCCGGAGCAUUCCGGACACCUUUUGGUGGUGCAUGGUGACCCUCAUGACAGUGGGUUAUGGGGAUGUUGUGCCCGUCACAAUGGCGGGCAAGGCAAUCUCGGGGAUCCUCAUGCUCAUCAGCCUGCUCAUACUGGCGUUGCCGAUAUCAGUCAUAGGCACCAACUUCACGCAGAGGUGGAGGGAUUACAAGGUGGGCCACAGUGCAAAGGAAAGCACGAUAGGCUGGUGCGCGGUUCGCAGUGCACCACACGGUUAG